AUGGACACCCCCAAGUCACCCGAGGACGCCUGGUCAGAACUCCCCGUCUACGACGCCAGCAAGAGGAGCAUGGCCGCCAUUGUCGGCGGUCGCCUGCGGAGGAUCUCCCGGACAGGGCUCUACGUCGCGCUCGCCUCGGUGCUGUCCAUCGUCGCCGUCUACCUGCUCUCGCAGCUCGACUAUCAUGGCCCCCCGACGUUCGCCAGGCUCGACGACAAGGUGCAGUCGCACGAGACACCAGACUGCAGCCCGCGCUACAACAUUUCGUCCAUGGACAUCUGGAACAAGGCCGCCGUCCGGUACAACCACCUCAUGGACGACAAGUUCACCAUCGCCAUCCAGACGUACCGUCGCCCCGACCAGCUCAAGGCCACGCUGGACCUCCUGCUCGCCCCCGAAAUCCCCUCCCUGCACGAAAUCGUCAUCAUCUGGAACGACCUCGAGACGCCCACCCCGGCCGACUUCACCUCCGACCACAACGUCACCGUCCGCCACCGCAUGUCCACCGCCAACAGCCUCAACCAGAAGCUCCUCCCGGACGCCGGCUUCCAGACCCAGGCCGUCCUCCUCUCCGACGACGACGUCCACUACGACGCCGCCGACCUCGACUUUGUCUUCCAGCAGUGGCGCGCCCACGGCCGCAACCGCCUCACCGGCGCCUUUGCCCGCUGCGUCGACCAGAACGCGGACAGCGGCCAGUGGCAGUACGGCUGGUGCAAGGGCCAUGAAUCCUACUCCAUGGUCCUCACCGGCCUGUCCUUUGUCCACAUGGCCUUUCUCGACUACUACUCGAGCGAGGAUCCGCUCAUGACCCGCGUCCGCGCAUACGUCGACGAGCACUUCAACUGCGAGGACAUUGCCAUGAACUUUGUCACCAGCAUGCUCACCUGCGAGGGCCCGCUCCAGGUCACCGGCCUCCACAAGCCCACCAACGAGGCGCCCAAGGCCGGCAUCAGCACCAAGAAGGGGCACCUAGAGGCCAGGCAUGCGUGUAUCAAUAGCUAUGUCGACAUGUUUGGCCACAUGCCGCUUGUGGAGACGUCAGAGUACAUUUCCCGGGGCUAUGUGUCGGGGUGA